GUGCAGGAGCCGGGUCCCGCCCAGAGGCUGGCAGAGUAGAGCAUCCCCCCACGCGCACUGCACGGCCCGGAUCUCGGGUGGGUAGAUCCCACGCUCUUCGGCUCACUCCGCCCCGGCCGCCGGCUGCAGCGAAGACCCGGCGGCUGCGUCCGGCACCGGGCGUCCGCACCGCCCGCAGCCGCACUGGGCAUGCUCGGCAGCCGCGGGCUCCGGCGCCGGUAGGUGGGAAGGUCUGCGCUCUGCCAGCCGGGCGCGCAGCCCGCAUCCCGGAGAGGCGCGGGCGGAGACGGCUGUUCGGCGCAGGGCGCCGCAGGGCUCUCCGGAUGGCCAUGGCGAGCGGCGCACGCCGACCACCUGAGUGGCGCAGUGGUGUCAGGUUUUUAAUCACAUACCAACUCCAUGGAUCCAGGACAGGUUUGUCCUGUGGCCUGCUCUGAAUACUGUGUUGUCUGAUAGACGAUUCCAUCGGCAAACCAUCUCUUGCCUUACAGAGCGAGCAAAGAAGAUGGACCUGUUAAAGAGCCAUCUGACCGAGUGCUUCCUACCUUCUGUGCCCUUCGUAAUCCUAGCAGCUACUCUAGCAACUGCUAAGAGUGCUGCUAACAGCACUUUAAAUGGCACUGAUGUGGUCUUGGGCUCUGUGCCUGUAAUCAUUGCCAGAACUGACCAUAUCAUAGUCAAGGAGGGGAACAGUGCCUUGAUUAAUUGCAGUGUUUAUGGCAUCCCCGACCCACAGUUUAAGUGGUAUAAUUCUGCUGGCAAGCUGCUGAAAGAAGACGACAAUGAGGAGAGAGGAGGAGGAAAAUGGCAAAUGCUGGACAGUGGCCUCCUGAACAUCACUAAGGUGUCUUUCUCAGACCGAGGUAAAUACACAUGUGUGGCUUCUAACAUCUAUGGUACUGUGAACAACACAGUGACCCUGAGAGUCAUCUUUACCUCUGGAGACAUGGGCGUCUACUACAUGGUUGUAUGCCUCGUGGCCUUCACCAUUGUCAUGAUCCUCAACAUUACCCGCCUGUGUAUGAUGAGCAGCCACCUGAAGAAGACUGAGAAAGCCAUCAAUGAGUUCUUUAGGACAGAAGGUGCAGAGAAGCUGCAAAAGGCAUUUGAGAUUGCUAAGCGCAUCCCCAUUAUCACCUCAGCCAAAACUCUAGAGCUUGCCAAAGUGACCCAGUUCAAAACCAUGGAAUUUGCUCGGUACAUCGAAGAGCUUGCCAGAAGUGUGCCUCUGCCUCCACUCAUCAUGAACUGCCGGACGAUCAUGGAGGAGAUUAUGGAAGUGGUUGGGCUGGAGGAGCAGGGGCAGAACUUUGUGAGGCAUACCCCAGAAGGCCAGGAGGCCACAGACAGGGAUGAGGUAUACACAAUCCCCAACUCUCUAAAGCGAAGUGACUCUCCCACCAAUGACUCAGAUGCCUCGUCAUUGCAUGAACAGCCUCAGCAUAUUGCCAUCAAGGUGUCAGUUCACCCCCAGUCCAAAAAGGAUCACGUUGAUGACCAAGAGAGUAGACAGUUAGAAGUUAAAGAUGAAGAGGAGACAGAACCAUCAGCGGAACAUUCCCCAGAAACUGCAGAGCCUUCUACAGACAUAACAUCCACAGAGCUGACAUCUGAAGAGGUUUCACCUCUGGAGGCACCAGAACAAGGCUUGCCGCCAGCACACCUGGAGACAACAGAGCCAGCAGUGACAUGUGACAAAAACACCUGCAUUAUUUAUGAAAGCCAUGUCUAAUAUUAACUCACGAGAAGCUAUGCAUAUCAAGAAAAUCAGGGGCUGCUCCUUGUAAUACAGAUGUAGUAUGCACUUGCCGCUAAGCCUUACCAGGAGACUCUCAUCCCUUAGGUAGGAGUGAUGCCAUGUGAAGAGGGGGAAACACCUGUGUGCAGGUCAUGUGACUGGAAUCACCCCAGUAGAAAAGAAUGCGGAUGCAAGAACACUGGGAUAUAGAACUGAUAAGAUGGGGCAGAGCUGUCUGUCCAUGUGAUCGGAAUUUUAGAGGCCAUUCUCUGCCAAAUCCCUUAAUUAGAGAAGUCCUUUUGGCAAAGAGUACAUUAUUGUAAGAUUGAGUUCAGGAGCCCCGUUUAAGGCAUACUGCAUCGCUUUUCCUUUUAAAAAUUAUAGGUCUGCUUACAAUAGCAAUGCUCAUACAUGGGUUUGUUGCACUUUCCUCUCAGUUUUCAUCAUCUCCACGGUUCCUUUAUAAUGGAGUAGUUAUUACGUUAAUAUUAGUUGCUCAUUCUGCCUUAGUCUUCGGUGUCACUUUUGUCCUUAUUUUCCCUAGUAUGCUUACCUCAGAGUCUUGGGUGUCAAUCGCCAGUUCCAUAGCUGGUAUCUACAAGUCAUUUAUAAUGUUCCAAAGUAGUUACUAAGCUCUUUUUUUCUUUAUCCUUUUUCAAAAAUGCCCCAAGCCUAUUUUCAUACAUUUUUUCCAAUGAAGCUGCUAUUGUGAAACUGAGAAAAACUUUGCCCCAGAAUAGCACUUUAGUAGUCAAAUAAAAACGUGUCUACCUGUCCAGUUCUAAGAGCAUUUGGUGAACCCAUCUGAGGUAGGGAGCAAGAUUGCAAACGGUAAAAUAUACCCACACCACUCAUGAAAAUGGUUUACAUGUAGGUAACACCAUCCUCCAAACAAAGAUUGGUUCUUUACCUCGAAGAUUUAUUGCCUCCAAAGAUAGAAGUGUUUAGUGAAUUCCUGUAGUUUCAGAAUGCCAGGUUCCCAGAAGGAACCCAAGUCAGCUUUAUAGUUGCUUUAGGGCAGCAACUAGAGCAUAACCAAGUCUCCUUGUCUACUGAAUAGCUGACUUGUUGGUCAUUGAAAGGUAGCAUGUAAGAUGAGGGAAAUGACAUAGAAGAUUUUAUGCCAAAAUGAUUUAAUUAUUAGUCCCACAGAUAUACUGUAUGUAGAAGGCAGUAUGACAUUAGAAAGCAAAGACAAAACCAGCCAUCAAAGGUUUAAUACUUGACUGUGCCAGUACCAGCUCCCAGGCUUUUGGCAAACCUGGGCCUCAGUUUCCCUGUCUUUAAGAGAUGGCAAACUGGAGUGAGCUCUGUGUGCCAUUUUUUUCCAAUGGUAUCACUCUUUCAGAGAAACAAACUAAUAUUAACUUUUAUUUUUUGCUUUUUAAACAAUUGUUCUGAAGAUUCUUUGUUUUCAUCUCUGGGUUCCACACACAUUUUCAUGCCAUAUCACCAUUACUUAAGCAAAAAAGAUCAUAGCAUUUCCAACAAAUGUUGGAAUUUUCCCCCUCCAAAAAUAAUUAGGACUUCUAAAUUUUUUAUUUAAUAUUGAUAAGAAUGAGUACUAUUAUUUUACUUUCAUAUGAAAGCAAGAAAGAAUAACCUUAAAAUAGUCCUAAGAGUUGAGGCAACAUCAGCUAUGCUGAGUGUGAUGGGGUUGUGACAUCAGAGGUUACAUGGGCUACAUUGGUUAUCAAAGAAGAGACCCAGAUGUCCACAUAUCACUCUAUCCCCAUCUGAGAAAUUGACCUUAGACAACUCCUUUCUUGCUGGGGUUUUAAUCUUUUCACCUAUAGAAUAUUCAGGUAAUGCUCAGUAGUUCAUAUGGUCCUUUUAAGCUCACUUAGAGUUUCAUAGAAAGUCUUCAAACCAUGACAACCCUCAAGUCAAAUGAAGAGUAAAACUGAGUAUAUGAGGCAUGAUCCAUACAAACUUUACAUCAAAAAUAUCUGGCUCUGUAACAGUGUAGUGGGCUUGGCUCCAGAAGUGGUCAUGAUGGGCUUAUAGACUACUCAUAUGGAAGGGAAUUUAAUAACACAUGGUGUUCAAUCAAACCUCCAUUUAAGAGGAAUUCCUUAUGAGCACCUAGUUGGAAAUGUCUUAGGGGUCACCUAACAGAUCAUAGCUUGCAGUCAUGAGAAGCUAUGACUUCUGUUGGGGCUCUGUGGAUAGGGAUUUUAUGCAUUCACAUUGCAGAAAAGUUUUAACUCCAGCUCUUAGAACUUACAAGUUUUGUGAUUGUCACGGAGGUUAAUAAAUUCUUAACUUUAACUUAUGCACCCAGAGUAACAACAAAGUUAGACUGGUUAAUGGUUUGUGAUGAUGUAAACAUUUCCCUAUUCUAUUCAGUACUCAUUCCAUCCAGACUCAUGUACAUAUUUCCCCAUGAAACUAUAGGGAAGGUAUCCAUUCUGUAUAGAUACUAAUUAAGGAUAAUUAGCUAAAAUGGGGCAGAUUUUCUAUGAAGCAAGAGCUGAAAUAUGUGACCAAAGAAUGUUUCCAUAUUGGUUUUGAGUCUUUAAACUUAAAUGGGGUGGGAAUUACAUAGAUUUUCAAAACUUCCUUUUUAAGGCAUGGAAGUGUUUUUCUAUAACAGCCAACCUUAAGGUUGCUUGACUUAUAAUGGAAUUUCUCCCUCCAGAAUUCUAUGCUCUUCCUGUGCCUCUUAUAGCACCUUGCCUUGAGAGAGGCCUCCUUCCAGAAUAUGAAAUGUGGAAGACUUCAAGCUCUGAGAUGAUGGUUUAAAGAAAUGAGGAAUUCCGCUUCUUAGAAUCUUUCAUCAGUGUGGUUGGAUGUGCAUGCACACACACUGGUGCACAGAGAACUCAUUUGGGCAAUUUGAAAGUUCAACACCAAAUCCCAAGUUAUGUAUGUCUUCUGGGCCUUCUGUAGUCAUUCUUAAAGUCAAACAAUUUCUGGUUUCUGAGUCAUCCUGGUCACACCUCUAGCAACUUUUUUCUUGAAAUUCUGAAAAUGAUUCACAUACAUAGGCAUUUUCAAUUCACUUAGAUGAUCUAUAAAUUUAGAUGGUAUUUAUUCUAAAUGGGAAAAUACCCAGAAUUUUAUAUGGGAAAUAUCUAUGUAAUUUAUAAUGGUUUGUUUUAUAUAUUUAUAUUUUCAUAUCUUUAGGGCACAUCUGCUGGUCUCAUCUUUUUGUACAU